AUGUCUAGGCAUGAUUUACGUUUUGAGUUAGCAAUUUUGGGUGAAUUUAAAAGAUACGAUCGGAAGAUCCCAAUUGAAAAGAUAAAAUCAGCUACUAACAACUUCGCUGAUGAAAAUCUCAUUGGACAGGAUUCCUUUGGGAAGAUUUACAGGGGACAAAUCUUGGAAUCGGAAAGAACGGUCCCUGUUGUAGUACGGCAGUUCAAGGAAGAGUAUGCGUAUCGUAACAAUGAUCUUUCGACAGAGUUAAAGACUCUAUGCUUGCUCAGCUCGCAUGAAAAUAUCAGCUCCAUGAAAUUAUCCUUCAUCAGUGAUUAUGACAUUUUGUUGAUAAAAAAGAUCGAGGCCAAUGGAAGUCUGGCCGAACAUCUAUCCGUUGGUUUAACCCUCUCAUGGACGCAAAGACUGAACAUAUGUAUUGGUGUCGGACGAGCAUUGAGAUACAUUCAUAAUUCUCACUUUAUGCCAUCCGACUAUCAUACAUAUACUUUUGGUCAUAGCUCCGCGGGACCUGUUUUUUAUAUCAUACAUGGCAACAUCAAGAGCUCGGAAAUUUUACUAGAUGACAACUGGCAACCCAAGCUCCAAGGUUUUGAGCCUUUUAUGCUAGUGGAAAGAAAUACUCUUUUACGUUAUAGGAAUUAUGAGGCCACGUUACAAUACAAGGACCCAGCAUAUGCAAAUUCUGGAGUUUUGACUGUCAAGUCAGACGUGUUCUCCUUUGGAGUUGUUUUAUUUGAAGUCUUGUUUGGGAGGGAAGCGUCUACUCCAUACGAGCAAGAGCAAGCUACAGAGGAUAAUUGGAAUUUUGCUGAGUUCGCCAGAUUACAUUGGGAGAGUAAAACGCUGGAUAAAAUGAUAGAUUCCGAUAUGCAGAAAAAUAUGGACUCAAAAUCACUUGAGAUCUUCUCAAAUGUAGCAUAUGCUUGCUUGAUGGAGCAACGAGAAGAACGCCCAAAUAUGGAACAAGUUGUUAGGGAACUUGAGCAAUCCUUGGAACUUCAGAAAUAUCAUGAACACUCAAUGGUUACAUGUACAAAUUCAUCAUCCACUCAAUUGCAGUUGCAGGGGGAAAGUUUUGAACAUUUGAAGAUUCCACUGAAGGAUAUACUAUCAGCCACGGAGGAAUUUGAUUCAAAAUAUAUAAUUGGGAAAGGUGGAUUUGCUACGGUUUACAAAGCCAACCUUGAACAUUUUGAAAGUAAAACCUCUUCAUCAAUCGAGGGGGGAGAUGACGGCAGUCAUAUGCGCAAGAUAUCCAGCACUGUAGCAAUAAAGGUCAUCUCUAAUACAGCAAACGGCUUGGGAGACAAAGGGUUUGUCGCAGAAGUUAAAAUGCUUAGCAAAUGUAAGCAUCAAAACAUAGUAUCUCUUCUUGGCUAUGGUGACGAAGGACCUCAAAAGAUCCUUAUUUACGAGUAUGUUCCUAAUGGAAGCCUUGAUGGUUAUUUGGAGCGCUCUUAUAGAAUGACUAAUCUUAGUUGGGGUCGUCGUAUACAAAUAUGUCUUGAUAUCGCACAUGGAUUGGAUUAUUUACAUUCUGGGUUGGAUGGCAAUGAAAUAAUUAUACACCGUGAUAUAAAGAGCGCCAACAUUUUACUAGACAAUAACUUAAGAGCGAAGAUUGCUGACUUUGGGCUCUCCAGAUUAUACACUAUAAAUUCAGAAAAUAGCACCAUCAAUACUAAAACCAUUGCGGGCACAGAUUUCUACUUGGAUCCAGCAUAUCAAAAGACAGGUGAUCUAAAGAAAGCGUCAGAUAUCUACUCUUUUGGGGUAGUUUUAUAUGAACUUUUGUCGGGGACGUUGGCCUAUGAUAAAAUUCACACAACCGAUACUGAGAAGGGGCUUCCAUCUAUAGCACGCCGUCUCUUCAAGGAGGGAAAAUCUAUGGCAAUUGUGGAUCCUAGUAUUAAGGAAACAGAUGGAAGUAUUUCUUCACAAAGUAGAGUAGCCGAUCAACAUUCUUUGGACACAUUUUUAAAUAUUGCUUAUCAAUGUUUGGCGGAAACUCAAAAUGAGCGUCCAACAAUUGAAGAAGUCAUCAAAGAACUUGAGAAAGCAUUAAACUUUCAAAAAAGCAACGAGGACAACCUCCAAGUUUUGUUUGAAGACAUAAAUGUGGCCACACAAAGCUUCAGCGAUUUCAACUGCAUUAGAGAAGGAAAAUUUUGGAAGUUAUAUAAAGGAGAAUUUCCACAAGAUAAAGGAUUUACUGCCAUCAUUGCAAAGCGAUGGAACAAGUCUGGUCAAGGACAUCAGCAGCUAUUUUUUAGAGAGCUUGAAUUUGGAUUCAAGAAUAAAAAAUGUAAAGAGAUCACUAACCUGGUCGGGUAUUGUACUGAAAUGGAAGAAAAAAUCCUUGUUUAUGAGCAUUCAUCAAAAGGAAGCCUUGAUAAGCAUUUGAACGAUCCAAGUCUCAGGUGGAUAGAACGUCUCAAAAUAUGCAUCGAUGUUGCUCGGGGAUUGAUACGUUUUUACAACAACACAUCAGGGAAGCUGAUGAUGCAUGCAGACAUCCAGAGUAGUAACAUUUUAAUAGACGGUGACAAGAAGACUCAAAUUUCUAAUUUGGAGUUGUGUACAACCGACCCAUUUGACCAAUCAACUGUUACCAUCAGCAAAAAAGAUGAUGCAUAUUCAUUAGGUGUACUCUUACUUGAGAGAACAAGAAGUUGA